AUGGACGUCGAGGCGGAGGACGGCGAGGAGGAGCCCAAAUUCCAGCAGCCUCGACCACCUCAAGUCUUCAGCUCGGCCGGACGCGAGGACCAUGGGAGCAGCGGAGGAACCAAGAUGAAGAAAUUGACGCCAGGAGGCGGGGCCGCGUCCAUUGCGCGCAAAAACUCCAACAACAAUGAGCUGUGGCUCCUGCGAGACGAGGAGGACUCCGCACCUGUCAGUGCCAGUGGCAGCAGCGCAGCCUCUGCUCAGUUGUGCCGGAGGGAUGCUGCUGGAGGGGACACAGUCUCAGAGACAGGCGUGAUAGGAGAGGGAGCCAUCGGUAUGAUAUGCAACAAAAACGGAGAUUGUAGAAGGGACCCGACCAGUUCAGGGAGCCUCUCCUCUCUCAUCUCAAGGCAGGAGAAGCAGGCAGAUGGAGUAGUGGCUGCUGAAGACUGCAAGGGGCAGGCUACAGGCAUGGACGGCUCUGUCACUUCACCGGGGCCCCUGACACAGGGGCCGGGCAGUGCCGAGGUCAGGACCGCGGCAGUGAUGGAGAAAAAGGACUCCAGAGUUUCCUUCUCCAACGCCCCAACUAGUAAAGGACACACUCCGACUCAGUCAAGAAAUUCUGUCACUUUUACCAAAGCUGAGGACGGCUCUCAGAUAGUGCCGGAUGAUGGAGACACCAGGGAGAACCGGACGUACAUGCAGCGGCAGUUUAGUUCAAUGCUUCAGCCCGGAGUUAACAAAUUCUCCCUGCGCAUGUUUGGCAGCCAGAAGGCGGUGGAGAAAGAGCAGGAGCGCGUAAAGUCAGCGGGUAAUUGGAUUAUCCACCCAUACAGCGACUUCAGGUUCUACUGGGACUUCACCAUGCUGAUGUUCAUGGUGGGCAACCUGAUCAUCAUCCCCGUGGGCAUCACCUUCUUCAAGGACGAGACCACCACGCCCUGGAUCAUCUUCAACGUGGUGUCUGACACCUUCUUCCUCAUGGACCUGGUGUUGAACUUCCGGACCGGCAUCGUGUUCGAGGACAACACCGAGAUCAUCCUCGACCCCAAGAAGAUCAAGAAGAAGUACCUGAAGAGCUGGUUCGUGGUGGACUUUGUCUCUUCCAUACCUGUGGAUUAUAUCUUCCUCAUCGUGGAGAAAGGGAUGGACUCGGAGGUGUACAAGACGGCCCGGGCGCUCCGCAUUGUCCGCUUCACUAAGAUCCUCAGUCUGCUGCGGCUGCUGAGGCUGUCCAGACUCAUCCGUUACAUCCACCAGUGGGAGGAGAUCUUCCACAUGACCUAUGACCUGGCCAGUGCUGUGAUGCGAAUAUUCAACCUGAUUGGUAUGAUGCUGCUGCUGUGUCACUGGGAUGGCUGUCUCCAGUUCCUCGUUCCCAUGCUGCAGGACUUUCCGUCUGACUGCUGGGUCUCGCUCAACAAGAUGGUGAACGACACAUGGAGCGAGCUCUACUCCUUCGCCCUCUUUAAGGCCAUGAGCCACAUGCUGUGCAUUGGAUAUGGAAGACAAGCUCCGGAGAGCAUGUCAGACAUCUGGCUGACCAUGCUGAGUAUGAUCGUCGGAGCCACCUGCUACGCCAUGUUCAUCGGCCACGCAACCGCACUCAUCCAAUCUCUGGACUCAUCCAGACGGCAAUACCAAGAGAAGUACAAACAAGUGGAGCAGUACAUGUCGUUCCACAAACUACCAGCCGACUUCCGACAGAAAAUCCAUGACUACUACGAGCACAGAUACCAGGGCAAGAUGUUUGAUGAGGAGAGCAUCCUGGAGGAGCUUAAUGAGCCACUGCGCGAGGAAAUCGUCAACUUCAACUGCCGUAAGCUGGUGGCCUCUAUGCCGCUGUUUGCCAACGCUGAUCCCAACUUUGUGACGGCCAUGCUGACCAAACUGAGAUUUGAAGUCUUUCAGCCUCUAGACUACAUCAUCAGAGAGGGCACCAUCGGCAAGAAGAUGUACUUCAUCCAGCAUGGGGUGGUCAGCGUCCUGACCAAAGGAAGCAUCGGCAUGAAGCUGAUGGACGGCUCCUACUUUGGAGAGAUCUGUCUGCUGACCCGCGGCAGACGGACGGCCAGCGUGCGAGCGGACACCUACUGUCGCCUGUACUCUCUCUCUGUGGACAAUUUCAAUGAGGUGCUGGAGGAGUAUCCCAUGAUGAGGAGGGCCUUUGAGACAGUUGCCAUUGACAGAUUGGACAGGAUAGGCAAGAAGAACUCAAUCCUGAUGCACAAAGUUCAGCACGAUCUGAACUCGGGUGUUUUCAACAACCGCGAGAACGAGAUGAUCCAAGAGAUAGUUAAAUAUGAUCGGGAGAUGGUUCAACAAGUUGAUUUACCACGACCGCGGGCCAUGUCCAUGACGCCUCCUCUACAUGGUGGAAUGUUUAAUUCUCCAGGCCAUGCUCCGAAUUCAGCGAUCGCCACUCUGCAGCAGGCCGUAGCCAUGAACUUUUGUGCCCCCAUGCAAGGAAACACGAUGGGAGCGGGGAACCUGCAGUCCCCCAGGAUGGUGAGGAGAUUCCAGGUGAUGGAAAGUGUGUCCACUCCUGCUUCAGCCUCUCCACUGCAGUCUCAGUUCCUUGCUUCUGGUGCCUUUGCUCCCGUCCUCUCCAGCCCCCCUGUCCAGAGCCCGCUGGCCCUUGGAGGACGAUCAUUCCAGUAUGGAUCCAGUGCCCUGGCUGGUCAAACCUCAGGCUCCCAGCUUUCUCUAGCCCAGCAGCACAUAGCCAGCCCAGCACACCGACCCAGUGCACAUAAGAGUACUCAUUCCUUGCAAAUGGGCAGUCUGAGCCAAGACGCCAGGGCACUGUCAGCCUCUCAGCCCUCACUGCCUCAUGAGGGGGCACAACCAGGUGCCCCUAGUCCCCCCCAGUCUACACAAGUCUCCUCCACUUCCAUUGGACCCCCUCAGACCCCAGCAGGUCUCACAGGCGUCCGGAGCGCUAUACCAUAUAGAGUGGUACUGCCCCACCAGAUGUCUGUGGGGGCCUUCCCUGUAGCAUCCCUGCCUGGCUCUGCACAGAGUUUCGGGCCCGGUGCAGGGCUGGCAGUAGGGGGUCUGGGAACAGGUCUGGGGGACUCGGGACGACCCAAGAAGGACUCAAUAGUGAGCCUUCCUGAGACAGACCACAGCAAAGUCAGAUCCAGGCUUUCCUCAAACUUGUGAUCUUAAUUAAACUCAUCUGGGGGAGUGACUCAGUGAGGGGCCAGACUGCAGGGACACGGGGGGAUGUCUGCUCUUCUACAGUUCCUCUUCUCUCUCUGCUCCAGUUUGACUAUCCGAAUGUAUGAAUGUUGAGUGAGUGGCAGCGAGGAGAAUCUGAAAGAAGACUGUUCUAACAUAAUAAAGUCUGUAUGGUGACUUUUGAAUCUGCAGCAUUGAGAUGUUUCUACUCACAGACAGUAGUUGCACAGUAGUAGUAAAGUAGCAUAUUCCCAUCUCCUUAUUUUUUGUAUUUUGCAGCAUAGUCAACAACAUAUGGGCAUAUCUGCUUCAUUAUUUUCAUUCACCUCAUUUAAUGCAAACUUGAGGUUGGAUGGGACUAAAAGAAAAUCAGGGACCUGCUUCAGAUAUCAGAAGUUGGCACUUUAAUGGGGUUUAACCAGUGUAUCGACCACAU